CUCUUCCGCCUCUUACAUCUUCUUCAAAACGCAUUCUCUACUCAUACUUCGCUCCUCCGCUACGUUUGCUUCCUUCUACAAAGCCAAAACGAAAACCAACAAGUGAUUUCGAUUGUACCAUCCCUCCGAUUCAAUCGAUUCCGAUGAUGAGUUCCGAACCGUUAGAUAACAACGAUGACUCGGAGCCUUUCGUGGAAUCAGAUCCCACCGGCAGGUACGGCCGUUACGACGAGCUAUUAGGCUCAGGCGCCGUCAAAAAAGUCUACAGAGCCUUUGACCAAGAGGAAGGCAUCGAAGUCGCGUGGAACCAAGUCAAGCUCAGAUGCUUCUCCGACGACACAGCCAUGCUCGAGAGGCUCUACUCCGAGGUCAGGCUGCUGAAGAGCCUCGAGAACAGCAACAUCAUCGCCUUGUACAAGGUCUGGAGAGACGAGAGGAGCAACACGUUGAACUUCAUCACCGAGAUAUGCACCUCCGGGAACUUGAGAGAGUACCGGAAGAAGCACAGGCACGUGUCCAUGAGAGCUUUGAAGAAGUGGUCCAAGCAGAUUCUCGAGGGGUUGGAUUAUCUCCACACGCGUAAGCCGUGCAUCAUCAUCCACAGAGAUCUCAACUGCAGCAAUGUUUUCGUUAACGGAAACAUCGGCCAGGUCAAAAUUGGUGAUUUUGGUUUAGCUGCGGUCCUGGGGGAGAACCGUGUGGCGCACUCGAUCCUCGGAACGCCGGAGUUCAUGGCUCCUGAGAUGUACGAGGAGAGGUACACGGAGAUGGUUGAUAUUUACUCGUACGGGAUGUGCGUUUUGGAGCUUGUGUCGCUAGAGAUUCCGUAUAGUGAGUGCGAUAGCGUGGCUAAGAUAUACAGAAGGGUGAGCAACGGAGUCAGACCAGAGGCUUUGGACAAAGUGAAGGAUGUCGAAGCUAAGGCCUUUAUUGAGAAGUGCCUUGGGAAACCCAAGGCGAGGCCUUCUGCUGCUGAGCUUCUUCGUGACCCGUUCUUUGAUGGGAUAGUAGAUGAUGAUGAUGAACAAGUAGAAAACAAUGACAGUAGUGCAACUGGUCGUGUUGUUUCUUGAUGAUGUAUGGAUACAUACAUGCACUAUGGUUUGAGUUUUGUGUUCUUUUUUCUUUUAGUUUGUACAGAGACCUCGGUUUGAUAUGGAUUGUAUCCAGCUUCUUCCUUUUAGUUCGUAGCUGGUUUCAAACAUGGGAGAGCGGAAUCUGCAAUUUUAUUUGAAUCAUUGAACAAAACUUUGUAAAUCAUGCUCAUUAAUCCGUUACAUACAUCAUUGUUUCUCGAAAUCAAGU